GACAACAACAUGUUACAUGUCUAGUACUUCUACUAGUGAAGCACGAGACAUGAACUAGUAGAAUUUUAUAAUGUCACUGGUAGUACUAGUAACGCACAGUUUUGCCUCACUAGUAAGACAAUUCAGCUCACUAGUAGAACGACAUUGUUGUACUAGUGAUGUCUUUCACUACAGCAGUAAUUCUCAGUGUGGUAUGAGUACCACUGGUGGUACACGGGGUCCCUCUAGUGGUGCACAAAAGUAUCACAGAAUUAAAUAACAUGGAGUGGCUUAAACUUUUUUGUUUGUUUUUUUGUUUGUUUUUUUUCAAAUCCAGUACAGUGCAAUUUAUUAAGUACAAUUCUGUUGUAUUACGCGGUGAAGUACAAUACAUUUGAAUUUAACGAUUUAUAAUUAUUUGUGUUCAAACAUUUAUUCAGGUCUAAUUUGUAUUUAAUUUUUAUGCGCAAAACAUUUUAAUUCAAUGAUAAUGUAGGUGGCGGCAUGGUGACCGACCGGUUAGAGCGUCAGCCUCACAGUUCAGAGGACCGGGGUUCAAUCCCCGUCCCCGCCUGUGUGGAGUUUGCAUGUUCUCCCCGUGCCUGCGUGGGUUUUCUCCGGGCACUCCGGUUUCCUCCCACAUCCCAAAAACAUGCAUUAAUUGGAGACUCUAAAUUGCCCGUAGGUGUGAAUGUGAGUGAGAAUGGUUGUUUGUUCGUAUGUGCCCUGCGAUUGGCUGGCAACCAGUUCAGGGUGUACCCCGCCUCCUGCCCGAUGACAGCUGGGAUAGGCUCCAGCACGCCCGCGACCCUUGUGAGGAGAAGCGGCUCAGAAAAUGGAUGGAUGGAUGGAUAAUGUAGGUACAGUUUAGUCCCCCGCCGUCCCCCCCUAUAUUUAAGUGCAAUGUUUAUGUUCCAAUUGUGCAUUAUCACUAAGAAAAAUAAAUAAACGUUUUGAUGAACACUUGGGCCCACUUGGUAACUGUAUUUUAACGUUGGUCAUUAUGGUGGUAAGUAUUUUUAUUUGUAUUUUUUUUUUUUUUUUUUUUUUUGAGGUGUUACUUGGUGUAAAACGUUUGGGCGUGACAUUUCUGCACACUAGUAGGACACAAAAAAAUGGCUUUCUACAUUUUCGGCGUGAUAAUGAAUUAUGUGUGUGCGUGCGUGCGAAGGGAGUGUUUAUUUUGACACAGGUUAUGGACGUGCUUUGUCCCCGUGGGCUUCAAGUGUGCCCCGUGAGAGACUUUGAUCGCAAAGUGGAGAUCAGAGCAGAGAAACAUGAGCAGCUACGACGACGCACGAACGUCACGUCAUGCCGGAUCCCCGCACGGGAGUGCGACGCGGCGCUGCUGAAGCAGACGCUCAAGAGCCGGCGACAAGUGGAGUUCAUGAGGAGGAGGUCGCUGCCUCCGCCGCCCGCCAACCACCGCAGAAGAAGAAGCUCGUGGUUCUCGAGCGUCGCCGUCUGCUAUUCUUCUGCUUUUUCCUCUCCGUGGAGCGCGUCGGAGCCGCUCGGCCCACGGCAAAGCGACGAGCCGGUUUUGAUGAAGAUGAUGGUGCAGGACGAAUUAGUCAAGGCGGAAAAUGAAGUAGACACUGUCAACAAUGAUGGGUGGCUGAAUGCAGCGCACGCUUCCCACAAAAGGAUGAGAGAAGCCAGUGUCCAGACAGAGCCAGGCCUCGUGACCAUCGAAGAAUCAGAUAUUCUGCAAUUACAGGACUACAUGCAGGAGGGCCUGUGGAGGGAGGAGGCCAUCAUGAAGAAAGUGGCAGCGCUGCAGGAGUUGUUUGUACAGCUGCAGAACGCCUUGAAAACAAUAUGGAACGCUCGCUGCACUGAGGAUGCGCUGAGAAACAAGAUCAAGGUUCUGGAGACACAGCUGCAAGCUGGCCUGCAGAUGUUUCCCAAGGAGGCGUCGGGGAAACUGGUGCUCCAAAUGAAGAAGCAGAGAGUGACGGUUGAAGAGAAGACUCAGAGGGACAUCCAGGAGAAAAACGAGGACCUCAGCAAAACCGUCGCACUGAAGGAAGCGCUGCUUACUGCAAAAGCGGACGUCCUGAGGCUGCAGAGCCUUUACGAGGAGCUGAUGCUCACAAGUCAAAAACUCCGGCAGGAGCUGGACGCCAGCGGCGAACGAGCGCGAGAGCAAGAAAGCCAUAUCGAGCUGUCCAGCAUCAAAGAAGCGACGCUGACCGAGGAGCUAGUGUCGUUGAGACGAGAGAAGAACAAGCUGCAGUUUAACCUGAGCCUGCAGGAGGAAUAUUACCAAUUCGUGAAGGACCGAACGCAGAACUUCAGCGAUGACAGCGUGGAGAGACGGGACGUGAGCGUUCAGAGUACGCCCGAGGAAGAAGCCGCAUCGCCGAAAGGGGACUGCGACGUGGAGGAGAAGCUUCUUCACACCCAGGAGGUGCUCCGCUCCAAGGAGAAGGAGUGCGAAGCCCUGCGGACUGAGCUGCAAAGCUUGGAGCAAGAGGUUCAGGCCGGCCAGGCUCGACUGGCGCAGUGCAGGGAAGAGCUCGGGAAAGUCGGCCGCCACCGCAGCGAACCGAUGUGGCGUGUCAGCCUGCGGAGUAUGUACAGGUUCCUUCUCCUCCUUUUUCUGCUGCUGCUGCUGCUGCUGCUGCUGGCUGUGGCCGGAGUUGCCGUCUUGCAGCCGUGGCAUCUGCUUUUCGGAGAGAAACUAGAAGACUUCUACUUCUACAUAAGGAGACGGAUAGAAAAUUAUUUCAUGCAAAUGACCUCCGCCCAACACUCAGGCUGUUUUAGGCCAAUUUGACCGCAGCACAUUUGGAGGAUAGCCAUCCUUCGGUUUUAGAGUUAGUUGUUGAUAUUUUCUUGGAAUCCAAAAGUGUGUGAAAAUAAUAUAUGCCUACAAUAAAAAUGUCAUGGUUGA